AUGGUGCACCAGGAGCAGCUGUCGCGCAGCGCACCUCAGCCUCCCACGGUCGCCGAGCUCAAGGACCAGGGUGUCAAGGUGGGUGAACGCUUCUUCUACGGUGGCCCUCUUCGCUUUCAAGGACUUGGCAUUCUACGGAGUGGAGCCUUGGGAGAGGUCGUCGACGCUGGCCUGAUUGAAGGGAGUGUCCGCUUGCACUUCCAUGGCUUCCCAGCGCUGUGUGGAGCAUCAACAUUUGUGGACUCAAAUGCCUCCCAGUCGGCUGGCCGAACUGUGGGAUCGCUGGCUAUGGCAUCCAUUGAAGGGUCUGCAGCUGCUCGGGGAAGUAUUAGAUCCGGGCAGCUCAUCGAAGCCGGUGUGGACUUGGGCCGGCAGGUGGACUCAGUCUCCAAAGCGGUGCAGACCGAGCCUCGCAAAGGAAAGGCCCUUGGAGGCGAGUCACCCUGGCGCGAGAAGCGAAAGGCUGACGAAGCUGAAAGGUGCGAGGCGCCGAUUUCGGGCGGAACUGCGAGCAACGCCCGUUUGCUGCAGCUGGCCGUGGGGCUUUUGGGUUUGGAGAUCCAUGAGAAGCCCAAUACUUGGGCCGAGGUCCUUUCGCACCUGAAAGAGCUCCAAAAGCUUCAAAACUCCAAGCUCGUCACAAAGGAUGAGGAGCACCAGCUCUGGGAGAACCUGGACCUGGCGGAGCACGCGCUGAAACGCAUCGCCCAUGCGGUGAACCUGCUGCAGGACGGUCGCCCAGAACCCAUGAGUGUUUGUUCCAUGGGGGCUCUCCGCAGCCGCUUCCUCUAUGUCGGGCUGCUGCAGGGCUACACCGAGGCCAUGACCGGUGAGGUGUGUAACGACUUGAGGCAAUGGCUGCAACAGUUGGCACUUGUGCUCUCCUUCUACCACAUCUUUAUCCUGGACAGCGAGAACGAGAAGGGCCGUUUGCGAGACAAGCUUGCACGGGUUGAGGAGAAGAAGAAGCACGAUGAGGACUCUUGCUCAGACGCUUUGCGACGCUCCAAGGCGACGGAGCAGCGCUGGGAGGAAUUCAAGAUGAAACGAAGGGCGGAAGCACUGCUGGGACUCAAUCUGGAAGAUCAAGAGGAGGAAAAGAUCUACAGCCAAAGAGAGAUGGAGGAACUCUACCAGAAGUGGAGUGAGAAAUACGUGAAUCCCUUGCUGGAUGAGCUGGAGGAGCUCCGGAAGCAAUUGGACAUUCGCCCAUCACCCUCCAAGAGGCGUACCAUGGGAGGCGAAGAAGCCAAUUCGUCGCCCACAGGCAGUCAGCAGCUCAGCGAGCAGCGGAUGCUGUGCGGCGCCUUGUUCGCUGCCUCCGAGCGCUCGCCGGAGCCCUUGGGCGACCUGCUGUGGCAGCUGGGCGAUCGUUUGAAGGCUGGAGAGAGCUACAAAGACAUCGCCCUGGCGAUUCAAGCCCUACCACAUUUCAACCCCCACCUAGACGAAGACGCGCAUUUGUUGGAUCAAGAGGAGCUUCGCUUGUUGCAGCAGGCAAUGAAGGCAGCCUCCACUGUGGCGUCUCCCUCGCUGGGUCAAGAGCUUCAACGCUUGGAGCGCCUAAUUGGAGCCACGACUCGUGAGGAGCUGCCUGAGGUGGUGCAGGCGCUCCAAGCCUUGGCCGCAGAGGCUGCAGUUUGCGCGCGCGAAAGCGGCGCGAAAGCUGCACGGCGCCGCUCAGUGGCGGUCAACACCUCGCAAGCCAUGGUGCUCCCAAGCGCCCCCGCCGUGCCGGAAGCAGUGGCCGUCAGUGCGGCGUCGGAGGACGCAGAGCACUGGCGCCGCGAGCUGGAGCGCCUGCGAGCGCAGCUGGAAGCAGAGCUGAAGGCCGCACGCGAGGAGGCCGAACGGCAACGGCUUCGAGCAGAAGAAGCCUUGCGACGCUUGGAGGAGGAAGCCAAACGAGCCGAUGGCCUCAUGGAGGAAAUGAGGAAGAAGAUGGAGCAAAUGCAGGAGAUGUUGCACUCAAAGGGCCUUGGCAAAGCCGUCGAAGCGGCACUAGCGGCAGCGGGACUCACCUCCUUUUGCCGCGGUCGUGAUGUUUUUGAACGUUUGUAUCGAGAUGCCCUGCGGCGGAUGAGGGUCUAUGCUGAGAACCAGCUGCGACUCUUGAAGAUGUCGGGCAGCAGCUUCAACCAGGCGCUCCACCACCUAGCCGCACAUCCCAUGGCCGCUGUCGGGGCCGCCAUGGAACUCCACACCAGCAACUUCUCCUCCCUACAGGCCCUUCAGGACUGUGCUUCUGGCAGUGCGGUUUCUACUUCAACUGAGCCCCGCUCGGUUCCGCUGCCAAGCGCCCGGCGUGUGUCAAAGGUCCAGAAGAUCAGGACCACCACAUCCUUUGACUCGCGUCCUUCUUCGAGUCACAGCCUCUCCGGGCAGCGCGUCGGCCUUCACCGCAGCGCCACGGUGGGAACGCCCACGCACGGAGCUUGGACUUCUCCACUGCGGCAGACCUUGUUCCAGGGCCCUGACGAAGCUGCAACGGGCCCACCGUUGCGCCGACCCGGCACCGGCGGCCGGCGUGAACGACGUCGUGAGGAGGUGCCGGCGGAGGGCACCCGACCACGGAGUGGUCGAGCUAAGAGCUCGCCGGCGCUCACGGUGAGCCGCUUGUCGCUGUGA